GAUCAGCUUGGAUUCGAUAACAGUGGGAGAGAUGAAGAACAACACACUCUGGAUUGCCGACUGGCAGGAGAAACUAAGGCAUGCUCGCAAAGGGUGGAUGCAACAACUGCAGUCAUCAAUAUCAGUCCUGAAGGUCUCCCAUCUGGCUUCAUGGCCGGCAACGAUCUCGCGUCAUAUUUGUCUGACUUCGGGGCUCAGCCAUAUGGAGACCGAUGGGUGUUGGAGUUUGGCUACGGCGUGCGGUAUCGGGCCAGGCUGGUACUUGUGUAUCUCGGUGCUUUUAUGAACUAUGCCGUAAUCCUCGUCGACUUCCCGACUGGACCGAAAUAUCUGCGAUUGGACCGGUACCACGAGCGACACUACUUGGCUGAGAGGAUCUAUCUGCGGUACUGGAAUCAGACAGACUGGCACGACUGCCUGGACGAGGUCGCCUCGCCUACAUCAGAUGGCUCGCAAUGGACACUGCAUGUGGACGCAGUUCAAGCGGAGGACGCCUCGGAAAAUGACCGCCAGAUCAUGUACAAGGCGCUAUACGCCUGCAAGAAAGAUGACACCGUUUUAUCACACCAGCUUCUUGCAGUAUGGUACCGCUUAG